UCGCUUGACAGGCGAGGAAGGCAAAGAAUUCAGUGCAGGUGUCAGAAGACACUUUCCUCAACUUUGCAAAGUGUUUAAGGCACAUAUUUCAAGUCAAAACACAGAGCUGAGCAAUGCAGCGUUACAGGCAUUGGGCUUCUGCGUUUUUAAUUCCAAGAAUACAACUGAAUUGUCUGCAACUGAGAUGCAGGACUUGCUUUCAAUGCUGAACAGCAUUGCUUCAAAAACUGCAGACAAAAACACUCGCACUCGGGCACUUUGGGUGAUCUCUAAGCAGGCGUUUCCUUCUGAAAUCAUUAAAAAAGAGGUGUCCAGUAUUAUUUCUACCCUGGAAAUGAUACUUACUAAAGGGGACGUACAGUCUAUGGUGGUUGAAUAUGAAGCACUGAAUGUCAUUAUACGCUUAAUGGAGCAAACUCCAGCACAGAUGGGAGAAGAGGCUGUGAGGUGGGCAAAGCUGAUCAUUCCUCUGGUCGUCCAUUCGGCUCACAAGGUGCAGUUACGAGGUGCCACUGCGCUGGAGAUGGGCAUGCCUCUCCUCCUGCAGAAACAGCAGGAGGUAGCGGCCAUCACCGAGCAACUCAUGACCACCAAAUUAAUUUCAGAACUUCAGAAAAUGUUUUCUACAAAAAAUGAGACUUACGUGUUAAAAUUAUGGCCGCUCUUUGUCAAACUACUUGGAAAGACUCUGCAUCGUAGUGGCAGUUUUAUCAACUCAUUGCUGCAACUGGAGGAACUUGGAUUUCGUAGUGGCUCACCAGUGGUAAAGAAAAUAGCCUUCAUUGCAUGGAAGAGUCUAAUAGAUAAUUUUGCUCUAAAUCCAGAUAUAUUGUGCAGUCCUAAAAGGCUGAAAUUGCUCAUGCAGCCACUGAGCUCGAUCCACGUGAGAACAGAGGCUUUGGCACUGACAAAGCUGGAGGUCUGGUGGUAUUUACUCAUGAGGCUGGGACCUCAGCUGCCUGCCAACUUUGAACAGGUUUGUGUACCGUUAAUCCAAAGUACUCUGAGUCUAGAUUCUUCUGCUGCACCCCAAGGAACUCCUUCACGUGUACAAACCAGCCAGAGUUUUGCCUCGGCAACCCCUGUGCAGAAAUCAGGUCCUCACCCAUUUGCAAGUCCCGCCACACCGAGGAUAAACUUGAAUUCUAGUGCAACAGGAGUGGUGGUGAUUCCUUCCAUUCAGCUUUUGGGAAUUGAAAUGCUGCUUCACUUCUUCAUGGGACCAGAAGUUUUAGAUUUUGCUAAGCAAAACAAACUUGUACUUAGUUUAGAGCCUCUCCAGCACCCCCUCAUCAGUAGCCCUUCUUUUUUUUGUAAGCAUGCCAGCACACUUAUAAACGCAGUUCGGGAUGGCUUUAUUGCAAUUGGAAAAGAAGUUCCUGAUUGUAUGCUGAAUGCUAUUUGGAAGGACGUAAAUGGAUAUGUAAAAACAGCUAUUGAAUCAGGAAAUAAGAAAGAAAAGCAAGGGUCGGAAAUACUGACUGUGUUGCUCCAGGCCUUAAAAAACAUUGUUAGAUCAGAUUCUCUUCCCGUGCAGAAAAUACUGUCCCUCAUUGAUAUUACUGUUAAGGAAUUGCCUCCAAAAGUAUUGGGAUCACCAGCUUAUCAGGUUGCUGAUAUGGAUCUUUUAAAUGGAACACCAGCUUUGUUCUUAAUUCAGCUGCCUUUCCAUAAUGGCGUCCUGGAAUGCUGCGUAACGGAUGAGAGGUUCUUUGUAAUUCUGGAAAGGCUCGUGGGUUAUGUGUUGUCUGGCCCUACGUCUCCGCUGGCUUUCAGUGAGUCGGUGAUCAGCAUUAUUAAUCAGAGCGCAAAGCAAGUGGAAAAUAAGGAGCAUCUUUGGAGAAUGUGGAGUAUUAUUGUUACUCCGCUCACCGAAUGGAUUAAUCGGACAAACGAAGUAAAUCAGGGUGAUGCACUGGAGCACAACUUCAGUGCCAUUUAUAGCGCGCUGCUCCUGCCGGUGUCACACAUCUUCCCUGCUCAGGAAUUCCCACAGCCAACUAUGAAAUCCUUGUUGCGCUCUUGGUCGGACCUGUAUAGAGCGUUUGCUCGCUGUGCUGCUUUAGUUGCAACAGCAGAAGAAAACCUGUGCUGCGAAGAACUUUGCGCCAAGAUAAUAUCUGGGCUAGAAGGUGAAACUCCAGUUAUGUUUUCCAUGAUGGAUGGUCUCACCCAUAUUAUAUCGGUUAUGGUUGACUGCAUCAACUUUGCCCCGUACGGUACUAAAUAUCAGCCAAAAAUUAAAUCUCCACAGACACCUACAGAUUGGUCUAAGAAGAAAAAGGAACCCCUCGGAAAGCUUGCCUCUCUAUUUAAACUCCUGGUGAUGUUGCUAAACUCUUUCCAUGUGUUCAGUUCCAAAGAAAUCUGUUCAGAAACAUUGGUCUCUGUCGGUCCUUCAAUUAUUGCUAUUCUUCACAACAUCAUCAGCCACGUUUCAUUGCCUUCGGUGACUGGGACUAUGUUUGCAAUUUUUUCAAACCCCCUGGCAGUGUUUUAUGAAAAAACAAAGCUUGCUGACGCAUCUAAAGUGUACAGUAGCCUCAACAGCAAGCUUGAAAAACUCCUGGCGGAGAUUAUCCUGUGUCUGCAGUCUCACUGCACGGGCUCCUACGACAGUGACCUGCUGGAGCAGCUCUCUCCGCUGCUCUGCGUAAUGUUCCAGCAUAAGAGCAAACAGAUCCGCAACCAGUGUGCCCGCUUCUGGAACGUGACGUUUGCUAAAGCUGCGUCGUUAACCUAUCCUGGAGAGUUAAAGUCUGUGUUAAGCCAAGCCAAAAAGAAAAUCCCACUCUUGCUGCCUGGUUUUGAAAGCAUCGAGGCAGCCGAGGAACCCAGCAGCCCGUUCCCUGAUGCGAUGGAAAAUUCACAGCUGGACACAAAGAUCAGUGGCAUGGAAGUAAAGUUGGGCCAAAAACGAGACUCUCUGCUGUCACAGACGAGUGAAAGGAAAAACGACGUAAAAGACAAGUCCAGUAACGUGCAAGUCACUCCUGCAAAGUUGAAACUAGAUUUUUCAUCUCUGAAGGCUAAGAGUGAGAUACUUUUGGAAGACGAGAAAUCUGUCGAUUUUGUGUUUAUUCCUCCUGAACCAAAAGCAAGAGUGUUGACAGAACAUCAGAAAGAAGUGCUUAGGUCAAAGAGAGUUGGUAUUCCUGCUAUGUACAACAGUUUGGACGCUUCACAAGACACGACGUUUUCUCAGUGUACUCACAGCCAGGAAGACUCGCUGGAAAAAACAUCUUUAAUAGAAAACGUGAAAGAAGAGACUGAAAACAAGCCUCAGGAAGAAAAUGUGAAGACUGAAGGAUGCACCAACCAAUCAGAUGAGAUCUCCAAGAACUGCGCAUCGGAGCAUCCUCUGGAGGACGCUGUCUGCGCGACGGAGUCGUCUGCUACUCCCGCAGAGGAGAGCUCAACGUUGAGCAGCAAGGGAGAGGCAAAGAGGGAUAGAGCUGAAGGGAUCCUGGAGGAGCCAUCGGUUGGAGAGGAGUUAGGAAAAAGUGCCGUGGAAACAGCUUCAAAGGAGCCCUCAGCAGGGAGUGAAAACACUUCAAAUGUCAGCAACAGCUCAACUUCGAGCGACAUCAUUUCUGGAACACCGCAGCCUGCCAGCCGCCGGCAGUCUUUUAUUACCUUGGAGAAGUUUGGUAGUUCAGAGAACAGACCCUUCAGCCCUUCGGCACUGGACGGUUCAUCCGAGAUGUCCAGAAGCGCUUCUGUAGCGGACAGACAGGAAAACGUGUGCAAGACUGGCGGCAAAGCAGAAAAAUCCGAAGGAGAAAACAAAAAGUCUUCAAAAUUUGAGUCUGAACCAUUAUUUACCGGCACGCGAAGGCUGACUCGCAGGCAGAGUAGGAUGGAGCAAAAGGGGAACAAGCAAACCGCAUCGUCAAAUAGGUCAGAGCAAGAGAAAAGCGCGCCGGAGCCUCCCCAUUCCAGCGGCGUGGCCAAUAGUCCUGAACCGCCUCCUGCAGCGGAAGACCACACUCCCCUUGCUCAGUCCCAAGCGCUCCAUUCUGCGGAGGGAGAGGAGAAAAAAGAGACGACAGUGGCAGAAACGGGAAAGCCCCAGGCGUUGGAUACGGAUUCCAAAGAAAACACACCCCCGGAGACAGCCGUCUCCUCUGACCAGGGGGCGGGCGAUGACAGUCGGGUUCCGUUUGCCUCUUCGCAUCAGAAAACACUAAGACGUUCCUCAAGGCGGCGGUCAGAAAUGGUAGAAAGUACGGCAGGUAGUCAGGAUAAGGAAGGGGGUCACCAAAAGAAAGAGAGACGUAAAGAGGAUGAAAAAUCCGGGCAAAAGAAGGCGCCGCAGACUAAAGGGGACGCGUCCCAAAAGCAGAAAGCCGUUUCCGGGAAACCUGUAGACAAUGCAAGUAAAAUAGAAAGCAAGGUACCCGAGAGAGCUGCGGCGGAGGACUCGGAGUCCCCUGCCCUGAGGGGCCUCGCUGAGGAAGGGAACCGAAGCGCGCAGGGGUCGGAAGACAACGCGAGGGUUGACGCGGAAAGCCAGGACUGCGGCUCGGGCUCGGUAGGUCAGAAGAAGGUUGAACGCCUGCGCUACCACACAAGACGAAUGUCUCAAGGAUUGCUUUCCAGCAUAGAAAAUUCAGAGGCUGACGGCUCCGAGGCCAAGGAGGAAAGCACAAGGAGGAAAAGAACUGCAAAAGUGAAAAACAGAAGUGACUCUCUGGAAGGUAAAUCGAAGGAUCUGCUGCUGGGGAGCCAUGAAGAUGCUUCCCAGGGAGGUGAAGCGAAGAAUCUCUCGGAAUCGAACAGCAGCGAGGUGAGCCAUGAAGUCAGCGCAGAUGCUGCGCCGACCUCUGAACCCUGUGACCUGGAAAGCCAGGUCAUGGCUACGGAUGCUGGCGAAGCUGUGCGGUCUGCCAGCUCCAAGGAUUCACCCGACGCACAGGACACGGGGGUGGGAGAGCGGAGCAGCACGCCGGUGGAGUCGUUCACCCACCCCAGUGCAUCUGAUGAAGAUCUGAAAGCAGCAGAGCACAGCGAACACCUUGAGCCGGAAACAAGCGUGGAGGACUCUUGUUUGGCUGCUCUGCCUGAAUGUGGACCGGGAGCGAACGCUUCCGCCGGUGAGCUUCCCGCUUUGGAAAUGCCCGAGGGUCAGUGCAAAAGAAGCAAAAGGCUGAAAAAACUAAAGAAGGAUGGGUACUGUAAAAAGCCAAAGUAUCAGGGCACGUCACUGGUGGAAGCAGAGGAGAGCAGUGAACUGAAGGGGCUCCAGAGCACCCCGGGUCAGCUCUCUGCAAGAACCUCGGAGGUGUCUGACCAUUCACCUGCGGAGGAGAGCUUGUCCCUGGCACCUCGUGCCAUGAGCACUCCCUUGCAUCCUCUUAAGGGAGCGGGUGCGUUUCACUCGCAACGAGAGGGAACAUCCGAAGAUAACCUGCAAGGAAGUAGUGGUGUAGUGGAGGAGGAUCUAGAGAAUGCGGAGCGCGUCGCAGGUGAAGUCACUGACUCCGUAGCGGAAACACAAGGACCAGCUCAGGCUGAGGAAAUGGAACAGAGUCUCUCCGAGUGUGUUUCAGAUGAGCCCGCUCUCUGCCUGCAGGGAAUCAGCUGCAGCUCUCUGGCUGCAGAGAACCAAAGCAAAGCACUGGCAGCUACGGAAAAGGAAGGGAGUCAGAGUGGACAACCGGAGGAGGUGACCAAGGCACUGGUUGUUAACAAACCUGAGGAAAACCAGAUGAGUGCGCUGGAAGGCAGCUGGGAUGGUGAGGAAGCCAGGAGCACUGUAGGAAAAACUUGCCCGAUGCAAGAUGAAGAGAUAACGGAGAAAUCGGUGAAAACUGAUACUACAGUGCCUGAAGGCGUGGCCUUAGACAAAGAUGACGCAGUAGAAGACAACAGUGUGGCUUCACCUCAGAAGGCGGAAGGUCAGGAGUCGUUAGCGUUGGUGACCGAAAGCCCUAACGGGAUGCAGGCGCGCUGCAUCUGGUCUCCUUCCGCUUCUCCAUCCACCAGCAUUUUAAAGAGAGGUGCAAAAAGAAGUCAAGAUGAUGAUUCCCUGUCACCUGCGAACAAG